AAAUUAAUAACUUUUUAGGAGGUAGUCUGUGUAAAAUGUUUGCCAGUGUAGAAAUGGCAUUACUUACAGAAUGCAGAGGUGUAAUAGCUAUAAAGAAAGAUAAAUUGGAACUUGGAAGUUGCUCAGGACUUUAAAAAAUGGCAUGAGCAUAUGUACAUUUGACUUUACAGUGUGGGAUGGCUUGUAGGAUCACAUUGCUCUUAUGGUUUGUCAUUCCUCUAUUUUGGACAGUAGAAUAUUGGCAUAGCUUUUGGGGAAUGCAGUACAGGAUAUGACAAAAUGUCUAAUAGACCUUAUGGAAGCUAAGCUGGCAGACAUCUUAAGAAAAUGGGUACUUUAUUCCAGCAGAAUCAAGUAUGUUCCUAAUAGCCCUGGCAUUUUUAGCAUGUUUUUAAAAGCAUCACUGAUGGGUAAUGCUGUGGAAUACCUCAAAGCUAAACCAGUUUGACUGCUUGCAUAUCUUUACAGGUGCAGACUUUUAAAGAGGUACCCAUAAUAGGUGCAGGUAAGCAUGAAAACAUAUUUAUUUUCAGUUUAUUGUGGAGGAAGUUAUGUCACAAAUACAAUAUACUGUUUCAGUAGGGAAAGAUCUCACCAUGGCACCAUCAGGAAGAAAGCAUGGAGGAAAAGCUGGUAAACCAGCACAGGAAGAUCAGACCAUACCUUCUUUUGACUUUGAGGAGGAAAGAAAAGAACUGAGUGGAUCAGAGGAAGAUAUUAGAGAAGGUGACAUACCAGUAAUGGACAAGCAUGGAAAGAAAAGACCUCUGGUGAAUACUCAUGUGGUUCCAGAUGAUGUGGGGGGUGAAGUACAGAAUAUGUUGGAGAGAUUUGGAGCUGACAUUAACAAGGCUCUCUUAGCUAAGAGGAAACGAUUAGAAAUGUACACAAAAGCCUCACUCAAAACCAGUAACCAGAAGAUUGAACACGUUUGGAAAACGCAGCAGGAGCAAAGGCAGAAGCUCAAUCAUGAGUUCUCCCAGCAGUUCCUGACUUUAUUUCAGCAGUGGGAUGUAGACGUGCAAAAGGCAGAGGAGCAGGAAGAGAAACUAGCCAAUAUGCUUCGUCAGCAACAAAAGGUUUUUCAACAGGCAAGAAUAGUUCAAAGUCAGAGACUGAAGACCAUUAAGCAACUCUAUGAACAAUUCUUAAAGAGCAUGGAAGAGCUGGAGAAGAGCAAUGAAAAUCUUCUGGCCGGUGCCCAAAAUGAACUUCGCAAGGAAAUGGCAAUGUUGCAGAAGAAGAUUAUGAUGGACACUCAACAGCAGGAGAUGGCAACUGUUCGCAAGUCUCUUCAGUCCAUGUUAUUCUGAUGGCUCAGUGGAGGAGCAACUUGUACCUAAGUAACACGAUACAAGUACAGGCAUUAGAAGGAUGUUGGGAUUUAAAUGUUUCAAGGUUCCUAUUAAACUCUUUCCUGGAUUGUUCUAAUCUUGUCUGUUCAGGUUGUAAGAACAUAUCUUAGUAAACUUCUAUUACUGGGGGGCAGUAUGGACCCCAAACUGUUCACUGUCUGUUCAGUUGACUUUUUAAAAUUUCAUAUCCACUUCCACUAGCAUUGGACUUUAAAUAGUUUCAUUUUUUUAUACCAAAUUGUAACAAGGGGAAAAAUUAAUGAAACAUGCAUUGCCCAGAUUUUACAUAAUAACUUGAGGCCUUUAGGUACAUUGUGCAAAUAGAAGCAUUUCUAACAAGCUGCAGAUUGUCACAGUUUCAAUUAGCCUGCUGAUAUAUUAGCUGUUAUAAAAAUUCACAGAGUAUGACAUAGCUCAGACAGAAUUGUUUAAUGAUGUGUAUUAUGGUAAAUUAAAGUAAAUUUUGUUAACUCUUUUGUUAGUCUAGACAUUGCACUAUCUCUGUAUUAGUACGAGAUUUAUAAACUGCUGUAAUUUGUCCAGAAAAUGUGGUUUGUUUUUUUUUUUUGAGUUAAAUUAUGAGCUUAAUGUAUCUGCUCAAGUAACAAUAAUUAAACAUUAUGCAUUUUGGGGUCUGCUUUCUGUAGAACCACUGCUAGAAGAAAUUUACCUCAUUUAUUUAGUACAGGCUAUUACAAGCCUUUGAGAUGGAAUAUUAUUUUUUGCAAUUCCAAAUGACUAGCAAUUUAGGGAGACCUGAUUUUUAAGGAUAAAGCAUUUAUCUUUCAUGUAUCUCAUUAGAGUAAAUAAGUAUAAAAUAAACAAUUGGCUUAGUGCACAUGUAGUUUGUUUUUACAGAA